AUGGGGAAUACUUUGUACAAUCAUCUGCUGUGCAUUGUGUUCUUACUCAAUCUAACAGCAAGUUCCAUAGCACAGAGGGCUUCGAACGUGAAAGCAACUUACCAUUACUAUAAUGCGAAGCAGAAUGGAUAUGAUUUGAAUGCCGUGAGUGCUUACUGCUCCACAUGGGAUGCUAACAAGCCGUUGUCUUGGCGCAGCCAGUAUGGAUGGACGGCCUUCUGCGGCACCUCCGGCCCUACAGGUCAGGCCGCCUGCGGCAAAUGUUUGAAGGUGACCAACGCCAAGACCGGUGCUCAACAAACAGUGAGGAUCGUGGACCAGUGCUCUAAUGGAGGGUUAGACCUGGAUUGGAGUGUAUUCCAAGAGCUGGAUACGGAUGGAAAUGGUUACAACACGGGACAUCUCAUUGUCAACUACGAGUUCGUCGAGGAUGAAAGCUUCACAAAUAAAACGAAUUUCGAAAAUGGACAAUGUUUCUAUAUUUCCAUCUUAACCUAG